GAAGAAGACUUUUUUUUUUUAAGGAAGGGGCAUUAGUGGACAGUAUUGACGUAGAAUAGCUGGUUAGUUGAUUUAAGAAGCCGAUUUAUUCAUAACUACUAUUUUUUUAUAUUAUACAAUAAUUACGUUAAACGUUUUCUGAGAUUUCCAAGGCAAUCUGUUAAGUGGUCAAAUUUAGCGAGAAAGUCGCUAAUGUGGCUGCGCUAAUACUGUGGUCAAACCCCGAGCCUGACAGAGAGGAUGCCAGCAGCAGAGGAGUCAUAUGGCGUCAACAAAGUUGUGGACAACAUAUGCAGGAUUUCUCCAGAUCUGUUAGCAGAUGUGUGUCAGCAAGUACUGACUUAUCUUCAAGGGCAGAAGAGAGGAGUAGAUUCAGCUGAAAUUUCUGAUAGAUUUCAGAGAGCCGAAGUGAGACUUGAUCAUGAAGCUCUGCAGGACAUGAUCAGAUUUCUCUUGCUAACAUUCCGGUCAGCUGGAAAGAGCAACAUCUCUGGGGAUGAACUCGUGUCAAAGCUGGAAGAAGGCUCUAACAAGUGGUCCAAAGCUUCCCUUCAGGUCUUGCACAAGUUGUGGAGCGAACAUGGUGUGUCAGUCCACACUCAACAAGAGGCCCAGGCCAUGCUCAGCAUCGGUCAGUUGGUGGACAUGCAGUGGAAGCUUGGCAUGGCAGUGAGCUCAGACACCUGUCGAUCUCUCAACUCCCCAUUUGUGUGUCUGCUGCUGAAGAUUGUUGAGCCUUCAGGACAAAUCUGUCAGAGGUCUUUUGAGAUGACCAUCCCACAGUUCCAGAACUUCUACAAACAGUUCAAGGAGAUGGCAGCUGUUAUGGAGACUGUAUGAUUGUUAGCACACCUAAGUGCUUGUUACAGUUAUAGCAGGUUUAUGUGUAACUAACGGAAGAAACUUUGACAUAAGUGUUUAUUUGGUGGUUGCCUCGAAACACCAACUCUCAGUUCUGUACUUGUAUUUUUCCACAGAUUGCGUAACCUCCCAGGUAAUAAUACUUUUAGGAUGUCCAGCCUUGGGUUAGCUUAGAGUUAUGCAUUAUAUAUUAAAAAACUGCUAAGCCAGCAAAAUCUGACUAAUACAUGUGUUGUCAAAUGUGUGUGAUGUGAUUCAGUUUGUAAUAAAUUUCAGUUUGCCUGUG